UCCGGGUGUUUCAUGGGAGGAUGGGACAGGUUGCUGCCGCAAUAGCGUCACUGGGACGAUUGUGUUGAUUAGUGACGUCCGCACGCAGACACCUACGGCGGGCCCAGGGGAGGAGAGGGAGGGUAACUGGAGCGAGUCACUCUCGGCGGCAGGUGCCAACUGGAAAAUGGAUGAUGAUGAUUUUGGAGGCUUUGAGGCAGCAGAGACAUUUGAAGGUGGAGAUGGUGAAACACAAACUACUUUUCCUGCUAUUCCUUGGGCAGCAUUUCCUGCAGUAUCUGAAGUCCAUGUGCUACAAAAUAUUUCUUCAGAUAUUUUACCGGAGCAUUCUCUGCCUUCUGCUUGCCCUGUCCCUUCUGAUCCAUUCAUCUCAUCAGGUGAUAGCAUACAGGCAGCUGUUCAAACAGUCAACUGUGUUUUAAACCCCGCUGUUGUUAAAGAACAGGUUCAGUUAUCAACUAGUUCUUCCUUGGAUACCUCUAUUCCUUCUUUGAGUUCAACAGAAGGAAAACCUUCAGAAAAUUCAACCAUCCCUGUGAGUGACUCUGAGAAGCAGGGGAUAAAUGGGUCAAAGAAGCAUCUUCAAACAAUAAUUAAAAGUCUAGAGAUUGAACUCAAAGUUGCUGAUGAAGAAAAAUACAGAAUUAAAAAGGAGUUAGAAGAUUUGAUGGAAAGGCAUUGUGUCCUACAAACAGAUUUCUUGAAAGAAAAGGAAAGUGAAUUCAUCUCACAUCAAGAUCACUACAAAAAGCUUCAGGAGAAACACAAGCUUGAGUUAGAAGACAUGAGGAAAGCUGGACAUGAAGCUCUGACUAUUAUUGUGGAAGAAUUUAAGGCACUUCUGCAGUCAACAGUACAGAAGCAAGAAGAAGCCAUUCAAAAACAGUAUAUAGCUGCAAUUGAAAAACACUCAUAUAAAUGUGAGGAACUGCUGAAUGCUCAGCAUCAGAGACUUCUUGACAUGCUGGAUACAGAGAAGGAAGUUUUUGCACAAAAAGUAGAAGAAGCUUUGAUGCAGCAAUCACAAAAACAUAAGAGAACAGCUGCUAAGAUUGAAAAAGAAAUAAUGCAAGAAGUAAUUUUAAAGGCAGUCAAAGAUGAAAGAAGAAACAUGGAGAAAAUUCAUGCUGAAGAAAGAGAAAUAUGGCUGGCAGAAUGUGCCAAAGAUACAGAAAAGAUUGCAAAGGCUUUUCAGGAAGUUAUACAAGAAGAAAGAAAAAACAGUCAAGAUGUCAUUAAGGCUGCAAUAAUGGAAGAACAAAAACAAAGUGAAAAGGCUGUGGAAGAAGCUGUGAAAAGAACAAGAGAGGAAUUGAUGGAGUAUGUCCAAGAGCAGAAGAGGCUCGAUCAUGUUGUCCGCCAACGUAGCCUGUCUAGUUUGGAACUGUUCCUCUCAUGUGCACAGAAGCAAUUAAGCAUUUUAUUAAAGGAAGAACCAGUCAUUUCAGAGCACAAGGGUGAAAGUGACAAUGUAAACAGCAAUGAAAACAUGUGAUACAUGAUUCUACAAAAUUAUUCUGCAAAUUACAAACAUCUCUCCUUUUUAAAAUAUGUGACUGUAUCAUUUAUCAAGACUGACAUGAAGCAAUGUUUAGUAGAAACUUACGUGCAGGUGACUUCAUUUGAUUUUUUUUAAUCAUUAUUAUUGGUUCACAAUAUUAGAAAUAAGAAAAUCAUUCGAAGAAAUUCUCAAUAUUAAAUUAUGCCUUAAUUGUCAUCUUUGUAACCUUCAGUGGCCUAUUAUCAAUAUAAUAGACAAAUGAAGUUGUGAUUACAAGAGAUGUCAUCAUGUGUCCAUAUAUUUUAUUAGUAUUUUGAUACAGGAAAAGGCUGUAAUUUGGCCCCUGAUUUAGCAAAGCACUUAAGUGCAUAUGAAAAUCUAUCUGCAUCCCUCUAGUGCACAAUCAAGUGCAUUGCUGCAAUGGGGGCUUUAGAACUUUAUUUAUCACCACCUUUGUUAUUUACCAUCACUGUCAAUACUGAGUCAUAGGAAUGCUGCUUAACAUUUUUUUAAAUUGUUUCUGAAGAUCAGUCUAGCUUCUGAAAAGGAAUAUUAAAAAAACCCAAACACUACAUCUUUUUACACUAAUUCAAAAAAAUCGUUUGUAUUGUUAAAACUGUGAAGUAUAUGUGAAGUAUAUUUCUCAUUUCUGUUCUCGAAACAUACUGUGAUUCUAAAAAUCAAUUUUUCUCAUUAAAGUGGGACUUCAGUAAUUUACUUCAGUCAUAGGAAAGGAUACAUUUAAAUAAUUAGAAUCAGCUGCUGCACUUCGUAUUUGGGCAGAAUUCCCACUGACCCCACUAGAAGCUCCACAUGAGUAAGGAGUGCAAAAUGAUGACCGUAAAGAGCCUGAUUCAAAGCCAAUUUGAAGUCAGUGAAAAUUUUCCAAUAAACUUCAGUGUGCUUUGGAGCAGGCCCUUAAAUUCUGACUCUGCUGUGGAGGUGGAAUGCUGUAGUGGGGUACUAUUGAUUGUAGACCUGAGACCUUAGUUUGUUAGAAUCAAGUAAAAAACAAGAAUGUUGCUUAUAAUUAUAAAUGUAAAUAAACGAUAAGUGAUAUCUAACCUAAGUUUGUGCCUUGCUGGGGAAUCAUGGGUAUGUAUUCAGUACAAUUUUUAUUGUAAUUAGACGUAUUUAGCCAUUGACAUUAAUUAAUUUGGUUUUGCUAUGAGUAAAGGUGAGCAAAUAACUUUUUUUUCCUUCAGUGGCUAAAACAAAAUAGCCAAAAAUAAUUUUAUUUGAGUUCACCUGAGGUGGAAAAAAUUUUGUUGUUAAAACAAACAUAAGUGGGACGGGGGCGGGGGGGCAAUCAUUUGGGGUUGAACGAAAUAUUUUGUUUAGUGCCAAAUAGUUUUUUUCUGUUUAGCUUAGUUUUUCAGGGUGUUUUUAUCUAUUAUUUUGGUUUUUAAAUAAAUCUAGCUAAAUUAUAUUUUAUCUCAUCUCUGUACUUGGAACUGGUGCAACUGCUGCUGGAAUAUUGUGUCCAGUUCUGGUGCCCAUGAUUCAAGAAGGAUGUUGAUCAAUUGGUGAGGGUUCACAGACUAACCACAAGAAUGAUUAGAAAACAUAUAUUUUAAUUCCAUGAGGCUAUUACUGUAUCUAUUUAGCUUAACAUAAAAAAGGUUAAAAGGUAACUUGAUUGUACUUUGUAAAUACCUUAUGGGAAACAAAUAUUUAAUAAUGGGCUUUUCUUCCUAGCAGACAACAGUGUAACUCAAUCCAAUAGUUAGAAGUUGAUGCUCAAGGGAGUCACACUGGAAAUAAGAUGUACUGUACAUUUUGAACAAUGAGAGUAAUAAACUAUUGGGACUGCUGACCAAGAGUCAUGGUGGGUUCUCCAUCACUAAACAUUUCACAAUCAACAUUCGAUGUUUUUUCUAAAAGAUAUCCUCAAGGAAUUAUUUUUGAGGCAUUCUAUGCCCUAAAUUAUAAAGGUUAGACUAGAUCAUGAUAAUGAUACUUUCUGACCUUAGAAUCUAUGAAUUUCAAGACAAAGCAUCUCUUUGAAAUGAGUUGAAAACAUUGAACCAAGAUACUUUUUUUCAGACAAAACUAUUUGCUGAAUUGAUUAUUAGUUUUGGAUGACCUGUAACUGCAUUUAUUGAUUAAAUAACUUUUCAUCCAAAAUCUUUCACCCAAUUCUAACUGCAGAUGCAUCCUUUU